UGGUAAACCUGAUGGUAGUGGAGGUGUUGACGGUAAACCUGAUGGUGGUGGAGGUGUUGACGGUAAACCUGAUGGUGGUGGAGGUGUUGACGGUAAACCUGAUGGUGGUGGAGUAUCCCCAGGUGGCGAAACAUUGGUAUCUACUGGUGUGCAAGAUGUGUUUACGAAUUUUGUGGUAUAUAUUGACAUUGUAGCUGUUUCCGUUGUAACUAUUGACAUUGUAGAUGUUUCCGUUGUAACUAUUGAUACUGUAUCUGUUUUCGUUGAAACAAUUGGCAUUGUAACUACUGAC